AUGAGUCGUGAUUUUUUUUAUUCCUCAAAAUAUGAAGACGAUGAAUAUGAGUACAGGCAUGUCCAUGUAACGAAAGAAGUUGCAAGACUAUUACCGAAGAAUCGUCUAAUGUCUGAAAAAGAAUGGCGUGAACUUGGUAUUGAACAAUCUCCCGGAUGGGUUCACUAUAUGAUUCAUGGUCCAGAACGCCAUGUAUUACUAUUUCGCCGACCAAAACCAACUGCUAAAAAACGUGGACAAGGUUUAACUAACAAUGCUACUUUAGGUGUCCGUGGAUAG